AUGUGUCAGGAACUGAAAAAUCGAAAUGUUCAUUCCACUGCUAGUAUGAUUGCAGCUGGUUGGACUUAUGUAAAUGCUAAUAAUACUGCUUAUUGUCGACUAUGUGGCCUGAAAGUGUCUGAAUGGACUAAAGAAAUGGACCCAUUUGUAGUUCAUGCAGAACAGAGUCCUUCUUGUUUAUUCAUUCACUCUAAGAAUACAAAUGAGUUAUCAUCUUCUCCUAUAUCAACUACAGAUAAUGAAGAAAAACCAAUAAAACGUCGAAAGAUUGAUUCAGACAAAGAAAAUUUCUUAGCUGAAAUUGAAACUUUGAAGAAAAUUCGUCGUCGUACAUUUUCGCAUUGGCACUAUGGGCAGGGUAUCACAGCAGCACAAAUGAUUUCAGCUGGUUUUUUUAGUUGUAAUGUUGGGGAUCGAGUUAUUUGUUUAUAUUGUAAUUUAAUCUGUCAACAAUGGACAUCGGGCAUUGAUGACCCUGAAGAAGUUCAUUGUACUCUGGCACCACAAUGUCCUUAUGUUCGAUCUAUGUUAAAACUUCGUCAAACAAAUUCAAUAUCAAUUGUAAAUGAAAAUUAUACGAACAAUUCUACUGGUCAAUUACAAACAUCAAAUAAUUUGAGAUGCAAUGAAAUUGUUCAUACAUCAGCAUAUCAUACGAACUACGCAGAAAUACCAAAACGUCUGGAAUCAUUUACUUCUUGGCCUGAAGAAUCACUACCAUCUGUUGAUGAUUUUGUACGAGCUGGAUUUUUUUAUACAGGAACAAAAACAAUUGUAACUUGUUUCUAUUGUAAUGGAUCAUUACAGAACUGGGGUGCAAAAGAUAAUCCAACAGUAGAACAUGCUCGAUGGUUUCCAGGUUGUGCUUAUGCAAAACAAUUGUGUGGUGAUGAUCUCUAUGAAAAAAUUCAAGAAUCAAAACGAAGAUUUCAAAAACGUAAUGAAGAAAAUCAAUCGAAAAGAAAAUACAAUGAUUCCUCAACAAAUCAUUCUCGAGUAUUAGUACCAGAUGAGAAUACUUUAUCACGAUUGGUUGCUGCUCGUCUUGAUUUGCCAAUAUCUCAACGUUUGCUCAGUCAAAAUUUUAAAUUAACAGUUAUUAAACGCUGUUGGGAAGAUCAAUUACGACUGAAACAGGACGAUUUUGUUUCAGAUACUGAUCUUUUAAUUGCCUGUAUUAUUCUACAAAAACAAAUUAUUCAUAUUAAUGGAAAUAAAGAAAAUAUUAUUAUUCCAAGUAUGAGAAUGAAAUUAAUUCGUGAGAAAGAACAAAAUCCAACUGUAACUGAUGAACAAUCGAAUUUAUCAUCAUCUAUGGUUUCUACCGAAGAAUUACCCGCAGAAAGCCAGUUCAAUACCAAGGAUAUGAUAACGUCAAGUAACGAAAUCAAGAAAAUAGAAGAGAAAGUGAAUUCUGAAAAUAGUUCAUCAUCAAUAUCCAAUGCAUGUGUUCUCUGUUUGACGGAAGAAAAACGACUUGCAUGUAUUCCAUGUGGACACUUAGCUACUUGCGUUUCAUGUGGUCAUUCACUUCGAAUAUGCCCAAUCUGUCGAAGAGAGAUCAAUGCUUUCGUUCGUAUUUAUAUUUAA